AUGGGGGUGCCCGCGCCUGAUGCGAACGGCCGCUUGGGCGCUCUGUGGAAGAGGCUGAGUUGCAGCUUACAGCUCUUUCUCCAAACCAAGGGCGGGCAGCAGAGCUGGGACGAGAUAUACCUGCUGCAGCUGAAAAGGAUAUGGGAAUCUCCUCUUCUCGUAGCUGCCAAGGAGAACAACAUCCAGGCUCUCAGGAAAUUAAUCCAAGAUGGUUCAUGUGACAUUUAUCAAAGAGGAGCAAUUGGGGAGACCGCUCUCCAUGUCGCUGCACUCUAUGAUUGCAUAGAAGUUGCUGACUUUCUUCUGGAAGUGGCUCCAGAACUCAUCAAUGAGAAGAUGACAUCAGCACUUUAUGAAGGACAAACAGCACUCCACAUUGCAGCAGUUAAUCAAAAUGUACAUUUAGUGAAAUGUCUGCUGAAAAAGGGGGCUCACGUCUCUACUCCUCGAGCUACAGGACACUUCUUCAGGCAUAACUCCUCACAUCACUUCUAUUUUGGGGAGCAUGUUUUAUCUUUUGCAGCCUGUAUGGGCCAUGAGGAAAUUGUUCGUCUGUUAAUUGAAAAUGGAGCUGAUAUCAGGGCACAAGAUUCUCUAGGAAACACAGUUCUUCACAUUCUAGUUCUUCAACCAAACAGAACAUUUGCAUGCCAGAUGUAUAAUCUCAUCCUCUCCUAUGACAAAGAAGAAGGGAAUUUGGAACCUCUGGACUUGAUUCCCAACAAUGAAGGCCUCACUCCAUUCAAACUGGCUGGAGUUGAGGGUAACACUGUGAUGUUCCAGCAUCUCAUGCAAAAGCGCAAGCAAAUAAUGUGGUCUUUGGGGCCUACUACCACCAUUCUCUAUGACCUUACAGAAAUUGACUCCUGGGGUGAAGACCAAUCUUUUCUAGAACUUGUUGUAUCAACAAAGAAAAGAGAGGCUCGUCGUAUCCUAGACAUUACUCCUGUGAAGGAACUUGUGAACCUGAAGUGGAACACAUACGGGCGUCCUUAUUUCUAUUUCCUGGCUCUAUUUUAUGUCCUCUAUAUGAUUUGUUUCACCAUGUGCUGUGUUUAUAGACCACUGAAAAAUCGUCCAGACAAUCAGACAGACAUGCGGGAUAACACCAUCCUUGUGCAGAAAACCCUGCAGGAAUCGUAUCUGACAUAUGAGGAUCAACUCAGGCUGGUGGGGGAGUUGAUUACAGUGAUAGGAGCCAUGGCAAUUUUACUCCUAGAGAUUCCAGAUAUUCUAAGAGUUGGAGCCACAAAGUACUUUGGACAAACCGUCCUGGGAGGACCUUUCCACAUAAUAAUCAUCACAUAUGCCUGUGUGAUCCUGAUAACCAUGGUAAUGCGACUGACAAGCACAGAAGGAGAAGUGGUCCCCAUGUCCUUUGCCCUGGUGUUGGGCUGGUGCAACGUCAUGUAUUUUGCACGAGGGUUUCAGAUGCUUGGGCCCUUCACCAUCAUGAUACAGAAGAUGAUAUUUGGGGACCUUAUACGUUUCUGUGGGCUAAUGGCUGUUGUGAUAUUUGGCUUUGCCUCAGCUUUCUACAUCAUCUUCCAAACAGAAAAUCCAAGCAAUUUGGGACAAUUCUACAAUUAUCCCAUGUCUCUUUUCAGUACCUUUGAGCUCUUCCUUACCAUCAUAGAUGGACCUGCCAACUAUGAUGUGGAUCUGCCAUUCAUGUACAGUGUGGUGUAUGCUGCUUUUGCCAUCAUUGCUGCUUUGCUCAUGCUCAACCUGCUCAUUGCCAUGAUGGGUGACACUCAUUGGCGAGUAGCUAGUGAACGGGAUGAGCUUUGGCGAGCACAGGUUGUUGCUACUACAGUCAUGCUUGAACGGAAACUCCCGCGAUGUCUUUGGCCUCGCUCUGGUAUUUGUGGGCAAGAGUAUGGGCUAGGAGACAAGUGGUUUCUCAGAGUGGAAGAGCGUCUGGAUUCCAGCAAACAGAAGAUGUUACGCUAUGCAGAGGCAUUUAAAAACCAGGACAAGGUGGAUUUUGAUAAAUUUUCUAGGAAACUACGCCAAGCUGAACCUUUCCAAUUCAAGAAAGAAGCAUCUCCAUCAGUCUCACGAAGCACUACUCUGAGUAGUUUCCACCGUGGUUGGCAAAUCCUGCGGCACAACACCUUCAGCCACCUUUGUGGGGAAGUGAAUCAUGCUUUGGAAGAAGAGGUCUACCAUGUCUGA